CUUUAUAAAGAAGCUAUUGAGGCAUGCAUAGCUCACACAGUCCUUUUGCCACCCACUGAGAGCUGCUGCUGUCAUUGCCUUUCUCCUGAGGGACACUGCCUCACAAAGCCAAUAUAAUGUGCAACCGGUUUGUGGGAACCUGGAAACUUGUCUCCAGUGAAAAAUUUGAUGAUUAUAUGAAAGAAUUGGGAGUGGGCUUAGCCACCAGGAAACUAGGUGGCCUGGCCAAGCCCAAUGUGAUCAUCAGAAUGAAAGGGGAUGUGAUAACCAUCAGAACUGAAAGCACCUUCAAAAACACAGAGGUCUCCUUCAAAUUGGGCCAAGUGUUUGACGAAACCACAGCAGAUGACAGGAAAACCAAGAGUAUCGUAACCUUAGAAAAAGGGUCAUUGGUUCAAGUGCAGAAGUGGAAUGGCAAAGAGACCACAAUAAGGAGAAAAUUGGUGGAUGGGAAAAUGGUGGUGGAAUGUGAUAUGAAAGGUGUUGUCUGCACUCGAAUCUAUGAGAGAGUGUGAGGAAAUUCCAUCUCUACUGGACUAGAAUUGGCUUUGGAAACCCAGCUUAGUUCAAUGAGCAAAGCCCUAUCUAUUAUGCACCUUUUUUUCUUAUUUCCUUUAUCAGGAAAACAACUAAAUUAUCAAAUGAUAUUUCAGAGCUGUAGUGUAACUAAUCCAAAGUAUUGUGGUGAUUAAAUAAAAGCUUCCCGACAUGUGAAA